GAACCUUUAUCACGAAGCCUCAGUUUCAUUCGGAGGAUUCUAUCGCUGACGGACUGUCAAAUGACAUAGUGGUAAACACAGUAAGUCAAGCCACAAAAAGUCUCCCUCCAAUGACCUCACAGGCACCUGAGAGGCCAGAAGAGCACCAAAAAUAGAGCUGCUAGUCGAUUUUGACUUCACAUCCUCUAGAAUUUUGUCUCUCACACCUGAACAUCUCAGACAGAGCAGAGGGGUUUUACUGUUUUUGUAGCCCAAAGUGUGUAUAUCUGGCUAAGUAUCUUAGUUUGCCGUCCAAAUUGGCUCAAUUUGGAGAGUCCAAAGCUGCUGGCAGUCUUGUUUAUCUCUGGCAUGAAGACACAGUAGCUUUCCCCCAAGAGGUAGAGGCACGCCAUUGAAAAGGAAGACUGUAACCCUGGACGAAGGCCCUAUCUUGAGGCGGGGAGCAGCACUUGGCUUCCGACAGCAGUUUGUGAAGCCUGCAGGCUGCUUGGCUCUUCUUCACCCCUUCUGAGCUUGUCAACAUACCUAAAAGACUUGUAUUUGUCCAGCUGACAGCUAGUUUGCUUUGUUGGACAUGUCGAUGCUGCUAACAGGGUUUUUGUGGCCAUUUAGGGAAACUAUCUAAUUGUGAGAUUUACAGCUCAGGGGAAGACCCAGCCAUGGAGGGUCUUGAGCAGCUUGACAUGGUGGGCGAUAUCAGCCCGGCUUUGGAGGCCACAGAGGACUUUAUCCACUGCAUGGAUGGGAUUCAAGGCCAAGGUCCUAGCCAGGCUCAAACAGGGAACAUCCAGCCUCCCAGGCAGCCUAAGCAGCUGCAGGAGGUGUCCAGUGCUGCGCUGGGGAAGCUGAGCUCCAGCGGCGUAUGGAGCCUACUGGCUGGAGAGCAGCCGGAGGUGGGGCCCUUAGGCCUGGCGUGGGCCGACAACUUCAGCGUGUUGGGGCUGGGGAUGGGCUUGCGGCACGGGAAGAGAAGCCGGGCGCGCUCCACCAACGACCUGGCAGCCCAUACCAAGGAGUGCACCAACAACACUGCCAACUCCUCGUCCAACUCAGCCUUCAAGAAGGGACACAACCGUUCCAGAUCUGACGUCAACUACCGGCCGUCUGCCUACACUGACAACGGCCUGCCUACAGUGGACUGCAACACCCUAAAGAACAUGAUCCUCAACCACCAGCAAGAGGCCGAUAAAAGCAGCAGCAGUAGCAGUGUGGUGAAGCAGGGUGACAUGGAGCAGCGCGAGGGGCCCCGGGGCCGCUGGACACCCUGCCAUGUCGAGCUGACACCAUGCGAGCUCCGGCUGUACACUCUGGACAGCAGCGCCAACCGCCAGCUGGGCACUGCCUACUCUCUGUCACACUGCCAGAGCGUUAUCUCACCAGCGGCCUGCAGCCAGCCCGGCCAGAUCACCCAGGCCGUCGAUCAACGCACGCUGCAGGCUUUGUUCUUCAAUAGCACGCGUCUCCAGCUGAGGGCGGCCAGCCAAUGGGAGGCCAUGGAGUGGAGACGGCUGAUGUGGGAAAAGGUGCAGGCAGCCCGACCUGUGAGGCAGGAGAACCGCCAGCGCAAGACCGGAGUGGAAAGCCAACAGGUCGCCAAGUUUCCUGCACCCAUGUCACCCUCCUCGUCAACCUCUCCGUCGGGGCUCGACACCAGGCCUGAUGGCGAGAGCGACACCUCCACCUCAGCAGAGGCCUCACUCUCUCUUCAGACUAAUUUUAGCGUCUUGAGCAGACCCACCACACUUCCUCUGUUCACCCACCGCUGCCAGGACGUCCUCAAAGCUGGUCUGCUCCACCAGCUAAUGGACCAGAACAACUGGCUGGCCUUCACCUUCGUCCUGACCAGAUCUGCUCUCCAGGCUUUCCCUACUGAGGGCCGUGGGUCUGUGUUCCAGCCUGUCCUCCAGUACUCCCUGGCAUCCUGCUUGGCUGUACAGCACGAUCAGGAACCAGAGAAUGGAGAACCGUGGGCAGAUAGAAGGGAACGUUUCCAGGUAGUUUUCCCAAAAGAGGUGCUCCGACUUCGUGCAGAUGAUCACCUUAAGGCCCAGGAAUGGGUGCACACCAUGCGAGAGGCAGUGGGAGCACAGAGGCCUGCACAACAAGAAGGGGGAGAAUCGGGAGGAGCUCCAGGCCUCCAGGGAGUGCUGUUGAGGUCAAAACCGUCUCGUGAGAGGAGGCAGCGGGAGGCCCAGAGAGCAAAGAGGCAGUCAGUCACCACCAGUUUCCUCAGUAUUCUCACCUGUCUGGCUGUGGAGAAGGGACUCACUGCUCAGAGCUUCAGAUGUGCAGGUUGUCAGCGUCCAGUUGGUCUGUCCAGAGGAAAGGCAAAGGUCUGCUACUACAGUGGCUGGUACUACUGCCAGAGCUGCCAUCAGGACAACUCCUUCCUCAUCCCAGCUCGCCUUCUGCACAACUGGGACACCAGCAAGCACAAGGUGUCUAAACAGGCCAAAGAAUUCCUGGAGUUUGUGUAUGAGGAGCCUCUGCUCGACGUCCAGCAGCUCAACCCUUGUCUGUAUGAGCACUGUGAGCCUCUCAGCACUGUGCUACGUCUCCGUCAGCAGCUACAGUCGCUGCGGGCCUACCUGUUCAGCUGCCGAGCAACUGUUGCCGAGGACCUCCGACGACGGAUCCUCCCCAGGGAGUACCUGCUACAACAUAUUCACCUAUACUCCAUGGCAGACCUGCAGCAGGUGAUUGAUGGAAAACUGGCUCCCUUCCUGUCCAAGGUGAUCAAGUUUGCCAGCUCCCACGUUUUCAGCUGCAGUUUGUGUCGAGAGAAAGGCUUCAUCUGUGAGCUCUGCCACAAUGGACAGGUCAUCUACCCCUUCCAGGAGAGCGCCACCAAGAGGUGCGACGGCUGCGGUGCUGUUUUCCACGCUGAGUGUCGACAGAAAGCUCAGCCGUGUCCUCGCUGUGUGCGCCGGGAACUCCACCACAAGAGGCCGUCCUCCUUCUGGUCACCUGACGACGACAGCCCUGGCUGUAUCCACCUGCCGUACCAGGACACCUGAAAUGCGUGCACACACACACACACGCACAUACACACACACACACAUACACACACACACACACACACACACACACACACACACACACACACAGGCACAGAAAAGCAGUGACAAUUAAGGCGCUGCCGGGCCACGACACUGGACAAAGUGCCUGUUUUUCUGAUUUGUGUGUUUCCAGGACAAGUCAUGUGACAGUUUUUGCCGGAGGACGAGCUCAGAGAAUCUGAUGCGUCGUCAGGUGUGUGUUUAUGUGCGUUUACCUGCCAACACACAAACCUGAGCCGAGCCCCCUUUGUCCUACUGUCAAGAGCAGGGAGAUAACCAACUGAAGAACUGCUGCACCAGGCUUUACAGACUGAACUUCUUGUAUUUUGUAGUCAAAUAUCUUCACACAUGUCAAAAGUCCUCCUCCGUCAUCUUCAUCCAUUCACCACAUCAUCACAUCGACUUAUUUCUUCUUCCAGGAGUUAAACAUGUAAAAUCGCAGCUGAUAAAACCGGAGAACUUCAUACUGGUAGUUGGAGCAUUAUUCUAGCCAAUGUCUUCUACCUGUCCUUAAAGUCAUGCUCGAGACUAGUGAUGAAACAAUUUGUCAAAGGACAGGAAAUUACUGAAGAAUUUUGGCAGUCAAUUAAUCGUUCAUAGAAAAGGCAGGACAUUCUCCGGUUCCAGCUUUUCAAAUGUGAAGAUUUACUCCUUUCCUUUUUUGUUUUCGACGGUUGGUCAAACAAAAUAAGCGAACUGGAGACGUCGCCUUGACCUCUGGGAACGCGUUAUGGGUCUUUUGUCUUCGUUUACAGACUAAAUGAUUACUUGAGGAAAAAAAAAAAUGCUUAAUCUAGAAUGAAAACAAUCGUGAGUUUCAGGACUGCUCAUGUUCAACCGAUACCCCACCUGAAAGUCUCACACUGUGGCCUUGAAAGGUGGCUGUAAAAUGUUUGUGGUUUAGUUCUUUACAGAGAAUAGCAGCUGUUGUCAACUUGGAUUCGAGUCCGUCGUGACAAUGUUAAAAAAAAAAAAAAAGGGGAAUUUUGUAGAAGAAAGACUAACUUUGGAAGACAUCCACUUGAAUUGUCUAACUCUGCCGGCUGAAGCCUCAUAUUAGCUUCAAAUGAACUUUAGGUAGGUUUCCGUCCACCAGCUUUUAUCCACACUUACAAUUUGAAUAUUAAAAAAAGCCAAAGUGGAAACGUUGGAAAUUCAAAAAAAAAAAAAAAAAAUAUCGCAAGGACGUUUUUACACUUGGCUGAGAUGGAAAAGUUGGUCAAAAAGCGACGAAGCGCAAUUGAAACAGAUUUAGUGGAUUAAUCACAACGCACAUAAAACGUGACUUAAACGUCCACUGAUGAGAAGACCGUCGCUUUCUUUAAAUUAAUACAUGAAUCCAACAUAAAUGCCAUGUUUUCAUCACGUUUUCUACAUCGUUUUUCACCAUUUGAGGUUUGACCGGAGCUCCUUAAUUAUGUGAUGUUGUUGAGCCCCUCUUCUUCUUUAAUGGUUUUAACGGCACCCGACUGGAGAAUGAGCGCCUCCUGCUCGACAGUAGUAGAUAGAAACACGCAUUCAUUUACAUUCCCUUGUGGAAUUUCUCAAAAUUCAGUUACAAUUUGGAUGAAAACCUGCCUUUUGGAACGUAUUUUCUUACAGAACGAAGGCUGUGGAUUUUUGUCCCCCACGACUUGCACUGAAUCUGCAUUAGGAAUGCACCUUUCAGUGGUCAGAACAGGGGGAAUGAUUACAGCAAGCAGAAACGUUUUCAAUGUGUAUAUGGUUUUGUGAGUAUUGUUUUAAGUAGAGUUGAGAAAAUGUGAAACUGCCCUUGAGUCAAAGAUUUUUCUUGUCUUACGUCACAAUAAAAUGAAUGUCUCUGAGUUUUGGACUGUCGGUUGGACAGAGGAGUAUAAUUUGAAAACGUGACCUUUUGUGAUUGUGAUGGGCAUUUUCCCUGUUUUCUGACGUAUCAGAGACCAAGAAAUGAAUCUAUUUAUCGAUGAAACUAACUGACAAGGAAAAUCAUUGUUAGUUAAAGCCCCAGUAAGAUUAUUACUUUGGGCUCAUGUUUCCAGAACUGUGACAUUUCCCCUUUUUCUACAACUUUACCCUGUCAGACCUCAAACUGCUGCAUCGCUUUCAAAGACUGUUUACAGUCUCUGAUCACUCUGCUCGGAUUUUUUUAUUACCUACAUGAGUAGCAGCGUAUUUAGUCAUAUUUUGGAGGCAAUAUGAGUGUUUGGAAAAUAUGGAUCAACAGUGAUAAACUGGAAUAUGCUGCAAGGACGGUUUCAUGAGCUCCUCUGGAUGUUUUGUUAACUUUUUUUUUUUUUUUUUUUUUCCAACUGUGACAACUUGAAAUCCAAAUCUGUCCAAAAUCCAAACUGACCACAGCUGCUGUUGUUUGUGGAGAAGCGAAAUACAAGCAUUUUACAGUCACAUUCAAGUCUCUGAGAGGAGCAUUUCAUCAGAGUUGGGGCUUAUUUGGGAUUUAACUGGAACCAUUAAAUUAGUAUGUUUUAACCAAUAAUGAUAACGAUAAUAAAGUAGUUUUAAAUAAUAGAAUUGAAGUAUAGGAAUCCCUCUAUCCUUUCUCUUUCCCUCUUUUAUCACAUCUCAUUCUCCUUUUCCUUAAGCAGAGUUAUUUAACCUGUAGAUGUGGAAUGAAAGACGUACAGUAUGUUAACUCACUGAGUCCACUCAUUUCACCAGUGUUCCUUUAUGUAAAUGUAAAAAUGUAAAAUGUAAAGACUUUAAUUUAAAAGGGACUCUGUUACACUGUCUGAGCACACUUCUUUCCAUCUAUCGGUCUAACUGUAAAAUAACAGGGGCAAUAAUAUACUGUAAUUUAUCUUUCAUUGUUGCCUUCUCCCGCCGCUCUUCCUCUGUGAUUCUACUUCCUGUUGUGCUUUACUCACGCAGAAUCUAUCAAACAUGAUCGCAGCUUUAGCUUUUAGUAUCUCUAUGCAACCUAGAUGGCCUUUAUAACCCACUGCUUUCAUGUGUAAAGGUCUGGAAACACUCUCGUUCACAUUCUUCUUAAAUUUGUGGUAGCAGCUGUGUUUCCAUCCAGUUUUUAAGGAAAUUUUUCACUGAAUUGUUGGAAAAAUAAACACCAGUCAAAAGUGUUUUAUCGGAUUCCUGAGAGAGACAAAAAUCUAAACCCAAAAGGAAAAUGAAUUUCAAAAAUUGAUUACAAUUCAACAUUUCUUUUAGUCUUAGAAUCCAAUGUUUUGAUCAUUAGUUGUAUUUGUAUUUGUUUAUGCUGUUUGAACAUGAAAAUGAAAUACAACUUUCUCAAGUUUUCAGUCCAGAACUUUUAAUUGACACUCAAUGUGAAGCCUACAUAUUACAUU